AUGGCGAUUGCAGGGAAGUUGGUUUUGUGCGAUGGCUGGGCUGCGUCCACAACUCCCGGGUUAAACUAUUACGUCGCGCGGGCACUAACUUCACUGCCACGCGUCCUGUUGCAGGCCGAGCCAGUCAAGGUGGCGGUGACCAGAGCUGCCGGACCUACCGCCUACUCCUUGCUGUACAGCAUCGCCAAUGGAGAGGUGUGUGGCAACCAGCAGCCUGUGGCCCUGGCGCUGCUGGACAGCUCCUCCAUGCUGGGAGUGUUGAGCGGAGUGGCAAUGGAGCUUCAAGACUGCGCCUUCCAACUCCUUCAAGGUGAACGGGCUUGCUUGGGUCUGACCCUUGCUCAUGUGUGGAAUUGGACACUCGGCACGUGGCACCCACUUUGGCCAGUUCCCACGGAUCCAUCUGGAACCCGUCCAAAGACCUAG